CUGUUAAACGUCGGCUAAUAACCACGAAACGCCGGCUAGAGCAAACUUUGGCGUCGCAGUUACGCAUCUCGUAUACGUUUAUUAACACAUCAUCAUUAAUAAUUAUUAACGUGUCAGAUCGACUUCGUCUGUGAACCACGUGACACGUUGUGCAAGCGAGGAGGACACCUGUUGUACCACUAUCGGAUUUACCACCCACACACACCGACUGUUCGUUUAUCGUCGCAACGUGUGCAAUUAUUUCACUACAACAACUAUAUAAUUGCACUUUAAUAUCAUAUUUACAAUAAUAUAGGCACCGAGAGACACGCAAUAAUGGUGGCUGAAAACGAAAACAAUGACAAUAUGAUCAAUGAAGAAAUGGAAGUCGAAGAUCCUUUUUGUCUGGAAUCAAGUCCCCUUAAAUUAACAUUUGAGGAUAUAACGUCUGCCGCUUACAAGAUAAAAGAUGGUGUAAUCAAGACAGCGUGUACGAAAUCGCAUUUGUCUGGUCUUGUCAACAUGGAACUUUAUUUGAAAAAAGACUUUGUGCAGUACACCGGAAGCUUCAAAGAACGCGGAGCGUGCUAUGCUCUGAUGAUGUUGUCCGACGAGCACAAGCGAAACGGCGUGAUAUCUGCAUCUUUGGGUAACCAUGCGCAGGCUCUAUGUUACCAUGGUAAGCGGCUAGGAGUGCCGGUGACGGUGGUUAUGCCCACGGUUGCUCCGAUAAUCAAAAUCGAAGCCUGCAGAAAUUUCGGCGCCACCGUCAUUGUUAAGGGCAUCAACAUGAAGGAGUCCAAGCACAUAGCUCUCAAGCUGUCAAAAGAGAAAGAUAUCAUGUACAUCAAUGGGUACGAUCACCCUCAUAUAAUGGCCGGCCAAGGUACAGUGGGACUUGAAAUAUUAGAAGACGUUCCGGAUGCCGAUGCGAUCGUCGUCCCUGUCGGUGGUGGUGGUCUGCUGGCUGGGGUGUCAUUGGCAGUCAAAACACUGAAAAAAGACUGUAAAAUUAUCGGCGUUGAAUCCGACCGCUGCCGAGUUUUCACUAAAGCCAUGGAACACGGUAGUCCGAUUACCGUCGAUGGCAAAAGCACGUUGGCCGAUGGCUUAGCCGUGCCCAAAGUCGGGUGUAACGCGUUUGCCACGGCCGCGGGUUUGGUCGAUAAAAUGAUUGUUGUUACGGAGGAAUGGAUAUCGAUGGCAAUUCUACGACUUGUCGAGGCGGAGAAGUGCGUAGUAGAAGGCGCCGGGGCCAUCGGACUAGCAGCCGUGUUGUCUGGUACUUUGGAUGAGUUUGCGGGAAAAAAAGUCGUUUUGUUGCUGUGCGGUGGCAACAUCGAUACGUCCAUACUGGGAAGGUGUUUGGACAGGGGACUGGCCAUCGACGGUAGACUUGUCAAGUUCCACUCGACUUUAAGUGACAGGCCCGGUGGAAUUGCGGAACUGUGCAGAAUUUUAGCAACUAUUGGCGUUUGCGUGAAAGACAUCAUACACGAAAGAGCUUGGCUAUCAGACGACGUCUUCAGCGUUAGGGUCAAAGUGGUAUGCGAGACGAGAGACUUGAGACACGCUCGUCUGCUGCAGGAGGUGAUAUCGAAAAACUACAGUUCUUCCGUGUUCGGCGACAUACCAUUACCCAAAAUUCUUUGAAUUAAGCAUUUACAUUUUUAUUUUUUUCAUUAGUGUUUGAUAUUUCAUUAUACAUAUAUUAUUACUUAACACUGGCACGCGGUACUACUAUAAUAUACAUAAUUAACUAUUCAACUAUUGACAUUAUAUUUUAUAAUUAAAUAAACGCUUUAUUUUUUGUACUGCA